GGCCUCAUGACUGUCUAAUGUCAUUUAUGACUUCUCUCAUGUACGUGUACAAGUUGCAACUCCAGUCUCUCUGGAAAGGGGCAAUGUCUACUUUGUAUAGAUGACGCACGUCGGGAAAUGUUAUGCCGAUCCACGAAUGCCCCACCAAAACUUCAGUCACUCAAUGAGUCUACCCACUUGGGACGCCUAUAUCUUCUUCACCUUAUACACCAGUCACAAUGUCGGAGCAACAGCAAGAAAUCCCCGAGCGACCCAAAGAAGGCGAACAACCCGCUGCGGGGGUUGCUGCAGGCGAGGGCGAGAAGGGGCCUUCGAAGUCUGCAUUGAAGAAGGCCGCCAAGGAGAAAGAGAAGGCAGAGAAGAGAGCUCGCUUGGCUGCGGAGGAGGCUGCGCGCAAGAAGGCCGACGAGGCCAACGAUGUGAGCAAGGAAGACUACGGCGAGUUGCCGAUGGUUCGCGAGCAGGAAGGGCCCAAGUACGAGCAACUCGUCGAGCUCGCGGCUGAGCACGAGGGCAAGGAUAUCACACAGGCAAACGGUCCCAAAGCUGUCUUCAGGGCGACUGUGCUCAAUGCACGCAAUCAGAGCGCGAAGUUGUCAUUCUUGACAUUCGCUCAGCAGGAGCAUUCCAUUCAGGCCGUCGUGGCAGGCAGCGACACUCUCAGCAAGCAGAUGGUCAAAUUUGCGGGCAGCAUACCUACUCUGAGUGAAGUCCUCGUCCACGGAGUUCUUGCCAAGCCUUUCGAGCCAGUGAAGAGCACGACUGUACAGAACCUGGAGGUUCAUGUCACCAAGCUCUAUUUGCUCAACAAAGCCGACUCGCAAUUACCAUUACAGGUCGCCGAUGCAGAAGGUCGCAUCCCUGCCGAAGGAGAGGACAACGCUGUUAGCAACGACGGCAAGGCCAUUGUAUCUCUCGACACUCGUCUCAACAACAGAACACUGGACUUGACCGCGAACCUUAACCACUCGAUCCUCAAAAUCCGAUCUGGCGUCAAGAAGCUGUUCCGAGAGUUCCUCGAAGAACGCGGCUUCCUCGAUGUCGACGUGCCUGAAAUGCUCGGCGCAGCAACAGAAGGUGGUGCCUCUGUGUUUGAAGUCAAAUACUUCGAUAAGAAGGGCUACCUGGCACAAUCGCCACAGUUCUACAAACAACGUCUGAUCGCCGCUCGUUUCGAAAAGGUCAUGAUGAUUGGACACGUUUUCCGAUCAGAAAAUAGCAACACCAAUCGCCAUCUCACAGAGUUUGUCGGACUGGAUCUGGAAAUGGCCUUCAACCAGCAUUACCACGAGGUGGUGUCACUACUUGAGAAUCUGUUCCUGUACAUCUUCAAUGGCCUCAAUGAGCGGUACAAGAAAGAGACAGAGCACGUGAGGACCGUGUAUCAUGUCGAGCCAUUUAAGCUCCCGGAAGCUGGCAAGGUUCCUCGCCUCGAGUUCAAGGAAGGUAUUCAAAUGCUUCGCGAUGCUGGUGAGGAGGUCGGAGACUUUGACGACUUGAGCACACCACAGGAGAAGAAACUUGGAGCACUUGUACUUGAGAAGUACAACUCUGACUUUUACGUGCUUGACAAGUACCCACUCGAGGUUCGGCCGUGGUACACGAUGCCUACUGUGGAGACGCAAGCGGUAUAUGACCCCAAGAACCCCAACGCUGGCUACUCGAACUCUUACGACUUUUUCAUGCGAGGGCAAGAGAUCAUGUCAGGCGCGCAGCGUAUCCAUAAGGCAGAGUUCUUGGAGCAGAGGAUGAAGGAGCACCCGAAUGCGGUCGACCCCAAGCAUCCAGGUAUUGCACCAUACGUCGAUGCCUUCCGGCAAGGGUGCCCACCACAUGCCGGAGGUGGUAUUGGCCUGGAGCGUAUUGUAAUGCUGUGGCUGGGCCUACCAAACGUGCGUUUGGCCACUGCUUUCCCAAGCGACCCGCGCAGACUUCCAUAGAUGCGGCAUGCAUAACUGGCCGAUGACGACUGAGACGGUGUACGAACUGCAUCGCCAAUAAAAGCAUUGCAUUAGGGCGUUGAGCACGCGUCGUGUGGUUGACAUACAGCGUAGCAGAUAGCUGAUGACAGAGCAAUCGCAAACACGAACCAAACUACGAACGACCUCUCCUUGGAGAAUACGAAGAGUCGUCACGAGUUUGAUUAUGCGACUUCUAACGACGUCUUUAUUGGCGCCUUUUGUACGUAGAUGUGCUGACCAAUCUAGCUCAAGGUCGAUAUUCACUUCUUCCCGCAAGCAGUGUCAUGAAUGGCUCAUGCAAACACAUGGCUUUCCGCCUGCACCACGUC